GGCCCGUCCGCUCCUCCCCCUACGCCUCCGGGACUUUUACUUUCAGUUUCCCCAAAGCUGCCCUCGCCCCUCGCGGAGGACGCACGCCGUCGUGGGCUGCUGGCUGCCGCCGUGGGAACGAUGACAGACGAUCAGGACUGUGCUGCAGAGCUGGAAAUGGCAGAUUCUUCGACGGAAGACGGAGUUGACGCUAAGCCAGACCGCUCCACCAUCAUCUCAUCCCUUCUCUGGAAGAAGAAGAAAAAUGCCUCUAUGUGCCCUGUCAGUACCACCCGGGACCGCGUGCCCACUUACCUGUACCGUAUGGACUUCGAGAAGAUGGGCAAAUGUAUCAUCAUAAAUAACAAGAACUUCGACAAAGCGACAGGUAUGGACGUCCGGAAUGGGACGGACAAAGACGCAGAGGCCCUCUUCAAGUGCUUCCGGAGCCUGGGUUUUGAAGUGACCGUCUAUAAUGACUGCUCUUGCGCAAAGAUGCAGGAUCUGCUUAGACGAGCUUCUGAAGAGGACCACAGCAACUCAGCCUGCUUCGCCUGCGUCCUGCUGAGCCACGGAGAAGAGAAUCUGAUUUACGGGAAAGACGGCGUGACACCGAUAAAGGAUCUGACAGCUCAUUUUAGGGGAGACCGGUGCAAAACCCUGCUAGAGAAACCCAAGCUCUUCUUCAUCCAGGCGUGCCGAGGGACGGAGCUGGAUGAUGGGAUCCAGGCUGACUCGGGGCCUAUCAACGACACCGACGCUAAUCCCCGCUACAAGAUCCCGGUGGAAGCUGACUUUCUCUUUGCUUACUCCACGGUUCCAGGCUAUUAUUGGAGGAACCCAGGAAAAGGCUCCUGGUUUGUGCAGGCCCUCUGCUCCAUCCUGAACGAGCAUGGCAAGGACCUGGAGAUCAUGCAGAUCCUGACCAGGGUGAACGACAGGGUGGCCAGACACUUCGAGUCCCAGUCUGAUGAUCCGCGCUUCAAUGAGAAGAAGCAGAUUCCAUGUAUGGUGUCCAUGCUCACCAAAGAGCUCUACUUCGGCCGUUGACCAGCCUCCAACUGAGAACCUGCCGUCACUCACUGAUGAAUCCGGCUUUUAUUUUAUUUUUGUUUUGAUGCUCUCAAAAUAUCCAGGAAUGUUAAGGAGAUUUAAUUUCAGGAAAGUAUAUUGAUUCAGGGAGGGAGUUCUCUGGUGAUGUCUGAUAAUUCUGGGUUUCCAGAUUUUUUGUUUGUUUGUUUGUUUAAUAACUUUGUUCAUCUGAUGACUUCACACUUUUCCUUUAAGGUUAAUUUCCUGUUUCUAUUUUUUUUUCCCCUGUCAUCUCCUUGAGUGCAUACUGUGGGCAUGGCCUCUGGAGAAGACAUUGAGACUUUGGUGAUGACAGGGAUGGAAAGUCAGAGUCUUAGUUGAACUUGGCAAAGAGAAUUCCAGCUCUUGAUGAGAGAAUACGGCUGAGACACUCGCCAGCCUCCAUUGGAAAAGGUGGCGGUUGAGUGGAGUGUUUGUUUUCAGUGGCUUAGAACAAAUCUUAAGCAGACCUUCCCAGGUAGCUGAGGGAAGACAGUUAAUACUCUAGUAUAUAGGACCCAAUCCAGAAAACAAGCCAUUCUAGGGUAUCGGUACAGAAGGGUCGACACAGGGAAUUCACUUAAGCGGGUAAUUAAGAGAGCCAAGCAGUAAAAAUGUGUUACCUCACCUGCCACCGUGGGGCUGAAGAGUUCAGUUCCCUUGUCAUCAGGAAAAAGUGUGGCAGGGCAGCCUUCUAGAAGCUAAAACCAUAAAGGGAUAUGGUGAUUACAGCCAUGCCCAGGACAAGCCACUGUCUGAGAUGGACACCAAGCCAGAACUGAGUCAGGCACCAAGAUACCCCCAGACCUCCCCAGGCCUGUGCCCAUAUCCACCAGCGCCUUACCAUUCCAGGGUGCCUGAAAGCCAGCUAGUGAGGCCCCGGGAACUGUGCUCCUUUGUGGUGUAGAGCAGAGGAACGGAUAGCAAGGCAGGGGUAGUGGUGGGGGGUAAACUUGGCCCCAAAUGUGAAUUAAAUAACCAUGUCCUCCGGCGUGCUACAAUGUAUUCAUUCAUUAUUCACUGAUUUGUCCGAUCAUCCACACAGGUGCUGAAGAGUAACCCAUCCUACGUUGUAUUCAGAAUAAUGUUUUUGUACUUCAAAUACAUCUGGAAUUCUGUCAAAUAUUCCAAGUUUUUUUUCUGAAUAAUCUUCGGUUACCUCUGGUUCUACAAAUGACACUUUAGGCAAAGGUAUUGGCACUGUCCUCUUUUCAAGGUGUUGUUUUCUUUGGAAUUCUUUCUACAUUCCUGUUUUCCCCUCCUAAUAAGUGGUUGACAAAUAUUCCUAUUUAUUGAUUAAAAUGUGUUUCAGAAACUCCUGA